ACGUAGUGUUGAAGCGGACCAAAAGCUUCAACCUUAUAAGGAAAUUCCUCAAGGAAGAUAUAGAGACUGAGAAUUUUAGGGUUUCUGAGCUGGUUCAACAAUGGCAAGUCCUAAAACCUAGUCUAGGGUUUUCGAGCUGUUCAACAAUGGCGAAUCCUAAAGCCUCCUCUCCCAGUAAACCUCAUUUUUUCCAGCCUCUUCUUCCAGGCUACCAUCUUCAUCUCAACAUUCCUGUAACCUUCUUCAAGAAGAACAUAGAGGGAAAACACGAGAACAAGGGCGCGACGCUGAUUUCGGACGUGUCUCACAGAACAUGGAAAGUAAAACUGGAUGGUCGGAGAUUCACCGACGGUUGGAAAGAUUUCGCCGAUGAUCAUGAUUUCCGAACCGGUGACUUCGUAGUUUUCAGGCAUGAAGGUGACUUGGUUUUCCAUGUCACUGGUUUUGGGCCCAGUUGCUGUAACUUACAGUACGCGCCAUUUUCCCUUGACGACGAUGACAGAGAAGACAACGCUAUUAAAAACCGAAGCAGCAAAGAGAAGAAAAGCUCGGAGGGAGGUCCAAAGGAAAAGGAGAGGGUUCCUUCACCCAGGGCAAACCCGUCUGUGACUUUAACUCUUAAACCUAACAGUCUCACCAAAGGUUUGCGUUUUCCCAUCCACUUCACGCGGCAAAAUUUCAUUGUAAAGCCAGGGAAGGUUACCCUUCUGGACAAAAACGGAGGAGAGUUGUCGAGCAAUUUUUUUUCCGAGAGAGAUGGAACAAUGAGGUUGGGGAUAUGUGGUUUGAGAGGCUUUUUUGGAGCUAAUGCUGUGAAAGAAGGCGAAUCAUUCACGUUGGAGUUGAUCAGGAGAGACACAACUCCUGUACUUAAGUUCUGCUCCAAGACACACCAACACCAGAAUAGGGCAGCUGCUGAGUCUCCCAUCCCCAACAAGACUCAGACUCGUAAGAGAGUUCGAAUUGGCGGUCCCAUUCUUGAUCCAGUUGGGGAGAAGGAAUCGAAGCAUCGAGAACACGGAUCUAUGGAUGUAACUUCAUCAAUAGGAUCUAAAGAAAACUCUUGCCGUGCACAAACUUUUUCUGACGCCGAUAAUGAGUUGGCUGAGGCUAAACAUGAGACCGUGAAUACUCUCGGGCAGUUUCCUGAUGUGCCCGCAAAAGAGGAAGAAAAUCCGGUAGUCUUGUCGCAGAAACCGGAUGACUUUGGAAACCUCCCUAAGAAGAAGAAAAUGAAACGUGGUCCAAAAACAGAAGCUGAGUCUUCUCCAGAUCACCCGUGUUUCGUGGUAUCUGUCACAGAUUCUGGCCUACACCGAGAUAUAGGGUUUCUUCCUAUGAAAUUUAAGAGGUCAAUUUUUCUGGAAAACCUAAGCUGUGAGAUAGUUCUAAUGGAUGAUCACGGAAGAUCAUGGCCAUCGAAUUUGAGAAUCACCAAAUCGUUCAGUCGGGCUUACAUCAACGGAGGAUGGAAGAGGUUCUGCCAAGAAAACAGACUACGAGGUGGAGAUUCAUGUACCUUCAAGCUUGUCCAAAAUGGGACAAAAACUGUUCUUCGGUUGUCCCCGAAAGAGUGCAGUAGCAGCAAAGAAGAGUGUUCAAAAGCAAAGGUAGAGAAGGGUCAUUCCAAAAAGCAAAGCAGCAAAGAGAAUAGCCAGUCAGGCGAAUGUUCAAAGAGCGAGGAGGAGAAGCAAACUCGUUUGAGACGGAGAGUUUCACCUCCAUCAAGUCGAAAUUGUUUUGUGACUCUUACACUUAAGAAUUUCGUAAGAGGUUACGUGCGUCUUCCGAAAAAAUUCACAAGGGAAAAUGGCAUCGAUAAGCCGGGGAUGAUGACUCUGCUUGACAAAGACGGAGUAGAGUGGCUGACCAAUUAUUGGAUGGAGAAGUCAAACAGAAGGAUGCAUUUGGGAAAAGGUUCACGAGCCUUCUUUAGAGCUAAUGGUGUGGCGAAAGACGACUCUUUCGUGUUGGAGUUGAUCUGGAGAGACAAAACUCCGAUACUCAAGUUCUUCUCCAAGAUAGAUCGAUCUGAAGAGUCUCUUGUCCAAAAGAACAUUCUAACACGCAAGAGAGUUCGAGAUGGAGGUCAUGUUCUUGAUCCAGCUCGGGGAAAGAGAUCAAAGCAUCAAGAAAAUGGACCUAUGGGUUCUUCUUCUUCAUCCAGAGGAACUGCAGAAACGUCUCGUCGGUCACAAUCUCUCUCUGCAUCCAAUCAAGUUGCUAAGGCUGAACAGAAAGUUCCCGAGGUUCCCGUAAAAGAGGAGCAGAAUCAGAGAGCUUCAUUGUGUGAAUCCGAUGCCUUUGUAAAUCUCUUGAGAAAGAAGAGAGUGGACGGAAAUCCAAAAAUAGAAGCAGAGUCUUCGGAAGAUCACUCUUGCUUCGUGGCCCGUGUCACGCCUGCUAACCUGCGGAAAGACGAACUGUAUCUUCCAAAAAGUUUUAUAAGGUCGAAUGGUCUGGAGAAUAGAUGUUGCGAAAUACUUCUGAUGAAUGAACAGGGAAUAUGGUGGGAAUCGAUCUUGAGAAGUCGGAAAGAUAAUGGUCGGGUUCACAUCUAUGGGGGCUGGAGAAGUUUCUGCUGCGCAAAUGGACAAAAACCCGACAGUUUCUGCACUUUUAAACUUGUCCUGGGAGGGACAAAGCUUGCGCUUCUGCGGCUACCUUCAACAGGAUCCGAUGGUAACAGCAUCUCGAAAACGUGUACAGAAUCAAUAGAAAAGAAGGCCGUUGACGCAAACACUAGAACCCGAGAAAAGAACCCCAAGAGAAAGGAGAAGACUCGUAUAAUGCAGAGAGCUUCAUCUGAUUCUUCACCAUGUCGAAACCCAUUUGUGGCAUUAACUCCUACACCCAAGUGUGUUGGAAGACUGCGUCUUCCGAUACCCUUCACGCGAGAGAACAGAAUCGAGCCGGGGCAGAUAAUUUUGGUAGGCAGAGGCGGAGCGAAGUGGCCGAUAAAUCUCAUGAAAGAGAACAAACGCCCACAAAUGAGUUUGGGAAAAGGUUGGAGAGAAUUCCGCGAAGCUAACGGCUUGAAGCCGAACGUAACUUUCGUGUUGGAGUUGAUAUGGCAAGGCUCAAUUCCUCUUCUCAAGCUCUGUUCCCAUGUCUAGGCUUAAGAGUUCUGUUCUGUUCUCUCUUCCCCUGUUUUUUGUUGCAUGUCCUAAGCGGCAUCAACCUUUGCUCAUGUUUUGGUAAAUGUUAACUACACAUUUGCAUGCUCUUUACGUUUUCCAUCACUUGUGUUC